CCGGAAUAAACAUAGGAGUUGUAAAGGGCGGCAGAUAGGGAUUUGUUCUUUUGUUUCGCAUUUUGAAGGGGAUUACUUGUGUUUUUGUAGAGUGGGAAUUAAGGAAUGGCGCGUUUAAGGCUGUCUGUGUGGUGGUUUCUGGUAGCGGCGGCGGCGGGGGUAGCUGUGGUUUGUGAAUCAACGGCGGCGUUUCCGGUCCGGGAGACAAGCAGAAACGCUUAUGCUACGAUGAUGUAUAUGGGGACGCCGAGAGACUACGAGUUCUACGUUGCAAUACGUGUCAUGCUCCGGUCGCUGUCCCGCCUGGGAUCCCAAGCCGAUCUUCUCGUCAUUGCAUCCAUGGACGUCCCACCUCAAUGGAUUCAAACAUUAGAACUGGAAGAUGGGGCUAGAGUGAUCAGGGUCGAAAAUCUGAACAAUCCCUAUGAAAGCCAAAGCGAUUUCGAUAGGAGAUUCAAGCUGACUCUGAACAAAUUGUAUGCCUGGAGCUUGGUGGAUUAUGACAGGGUUGUAAUGCUUGAUGCAGACAACCUUUUCCUUAGAAAAACAGAUGAAUUAUUCCAUUGUGGCGAGUUUUGUGCUGUCUUCAUUAAUCCUUGCAUCUUCCAUACCGGCCUUUUUGUAUUAAAGCCUUCAAUGACAGUGUUCAAUGACAUGGUUCAUGAGCUGAAGGUUGGGAGGGAAAAUCCAGAUGGUGCAGAUCAAGGUUUUAUUGGAAGCUACUUCCCCAAUUUGCUUUAUCAACCCAUGUUCCAUCCUCCCCCUAAUGGUACAAAGCUUCAGGGACAGUUCAGACUUCCCCUAGGAUACCAAAUGGAUGCUUCUUACUAUUAUCUCAAACUCCGGUGGCACGUACCUUGUGGACCUAACAGUGUCAUUACUUUUCCUGGUGCACUUUGGCUAAAACCAUGGUACUGGUGGUCAUGGCCUGUCUUGCCUCUGGGCAUCCAAUGGCAUGAGCAGCGACGCCAAACUAUCGGAUACAGGGAAGAGAUGCUUACUGUGAUCAUUCAAGCAGUAAUCUAUGUAGGAGUGAUUGCAGUGACACGCGUAGCACGCCCCAAUCUGUCUAAAUUGUGCUAUAGAUCACACCAAGACACCAACUUCAGUAUCUUCUUGCUGAGAACCUGUCUUAAAAUGGCUGCAAUGUGGGUGAUUCUAGCUGCCUAUAUAGUCCCUUUUUUCCUCAUUCCAUGCACGGUUCAUCCAGUUGCAGGGUGGAGUUUAUACCUGUUGGGUGUUUUCUCGUUCUCUAGUGUGGCAUCAAACAUGUUUCUCCUGCCAAUGCUACCGGUUUUAGCCCCGUGGCUCGGUUUUCUUGGUGCCCUCUUCGCCAUGGCUUACCCUUGGUACUCUGAUGGGGUAGUUAGAGCGAUGGUGGUUUUUGCAUAUGCGUUAUGUACCUCUCCCAUGAUCUGCCUUGCGUUGUCGAAGAUUGUGUCUCGUCUUAGCCAUUCGCUGGAAAGGGAAGGUUUCUUGCCCGUGCUGGGUGAAUCUGUAGCUCCUGCUGGGUUUAACAAGCUGUAUUGAAUGCAGAAGUUUUGUGUGCAAGUAUAUAUGAUUGCUUCCCAAACAGAAAUGCUUUUAGGAAUGGGGAUUUCUCCCUUUAUAAA